UUAGACGUAUAUUUGCUAUCUUAUACAGUGAAGUUUAGCAACUGCAAUGGAAAAAGAAAAGUACAGUAUGAAAGCAUCGAGCCUGCAGAUUUCAAGGUGGAUGAAGAUGGCAUGGUCUAUGCCGUGAGAAGCUUUCCACUCUCUUCUGAGCAUGAUAAAUUCCUGAUAUAUGCCCAAGACAAGGAGACCCAAGAGAAGUGGCAAGUGGCAGUAAAGCUGAGUCUCAAGCCAACCUUAACCCAGGAGCUGGCAAAGGAGUCCCAUGAAAUUGAAGAGAUAGUAUUCCCAAGACAAUCCACCAAACACAGUGGAUACCUACAAAGGCAGAAGAGAGACUGGGUCAUCCCUCCCACCAACUUGCCAGAAAAUUCCAGAGGACCUUUUCCUCAAGAGCUUGUCGGGAUCAGGUCUGAUAGGGACAAAAACCUGUCACUGCAGUACAGUGUCACUAGGCCUGGAGCUGACCAACCUCCUACUGGCAUCUUCAUUAUCAACCACAUCUCAGGUCAGCUGUCAGUGACAAAGCCUCUGGAUUGUGAGCUGAUAGCCCGAUUUCAUUCGAGGGCACAUGUAGUAGAUAUUAAUGGCAACCAAGUGGAGAACCCCAUUGACAUUGUCAUCAAUGUUAUUGACAUGAAUGAUAACAGACCUGAGUUUUUGCACCAGGUGUGGAAUGGGACCAUUCCUGAGGGAUCAAAGCCUGGAACGUAUGUGAUGACCGUAACUGCUAUUGAUGCUGAUGAUCCAAAUGCUCUAAAUGGGAUGUUGAGGUACAGAAUUCUGUCCCAGGCUCCCAGCACCCCUUCACCCAACAUGUUCACAAUCAACAAUGAGACUGGCGAUAUCAUCACUGUGGCAGCUGGACUUGAUCGAGAAAAAGUGCAACAGUAUACGUUAAUAAUUCAAGCUACAGACAUGGAAGGCAAUCCCACAUACGGUCUUUCAAACACAGCCACGGCUGUCAUCACAGUGACAGAUGUCAAUGACAAUCCUCCAGAGUUUACUGCCAUGACAUUCUAUGGUGAAGUACCUGAAAACAGGGUGGAUGUCAUUGUAGCUAAUUUAACCGUGACUGAUAAGGAUCAGCCCCAUACACCAGCCUGGAACGCAGUGUACAGAAUCAGUGGUGGAGAUCCUACAGGAAGGUUUGCCAUUCAGACCGACCCUAACAGCAACGACGGGUUAGUCACCGUGGUAAAACCAAUCGACUUUGAAACAAAUAGGAUGUUUGUCCUUACUGUUGCUGCAGAAAAUCAAGUGCCAUUAGCCAAAGGAAUCCAGCACCCACCUCAGUCCACUGCAACUGUGUCUGUCACAGUUAUCGAUGUCAAUGAAAACCCUUAUUUUGCCCCCAAUCCCAAGAUCAUUCGCCAAGAAGAAGGUCUUCACGCAGGUACCAUGUUGACAACAUUCACUGCUCAGGACCCAGAUCGAUAUAUGCAGCAGAAUAUUAGAUACACAAAAUUAUCUGAUCCUGCCAAUUGGCUAAAAAUAGAUCCUGUGAAUGGCCAAAUCACUACAAUUGCUGUUUUGGACAGAGAAUCGCCAAAUGUGAAAAACAAUAUAUAUAAUGCUACUUUCCUUGCUUCUGACAAUGGAAUUCCUCCUAUGAGUGGAACAGGAACGCUGCAAAUCUAUUUACUUGAUAUUAAUGACAAUGCUCCUCAAGUGUUACCUCAAGAGGCAGAGACUUGUGAAACUCCAGACCCCAAUUCAAUUAACAUCACAGCACUUGAUUAUGACAUCGAUCCAAAUGCUGGACCAUUUGCUUUUGAUCUUCCUUUAUCUCCUGUGACUAUUAAGAGAAAUUGGACCAUCACUCGGCUUAAUGGUGAUUUUGCUCAGCUCAAUUUAAAGAUCAAAUUUCUUGAAGCUGGGAUCUAUGAAGUUCCCAUCAUAAUCACAGAUUCCGGUAAUCCUCCCAAGUCCAAUAUUUCCAUCCUCCGAGUGAAGGUUUGCCAGUGUGACUCAAAUGGAGACUGCACAGAUGUGGACCGGAUCGUGGGCGCAGGGCUUGGCACGGGGGCCAUCAUCGCCAUCCUGCUGUGUAUCAUCAUCCUCCUUAUCCUUGUUCUGAAGUUUGUGGUAUGGAUGAAACGCUGGGAUAAAGAACGCCAAGCCAAACAACUUUUAAUUGAUCCAGAGGAUGAGGUAAGAGAUAAUAUUUUAAAAUACGAUGAAGACGGUGGAGCAGAAGAAGACUAG